AUGGAAGAAAAACAGCUGUUUGGCGCCUUGACGGUAUAUCGUGAGCGCGGAUAUUACUUAAAUCGUCUUGAGCAAUUUGAAAAAUCUAAAGCUUCGUUCGAUGAGGCUUUUAAAAGUAAUCCUGAAGAUGUGCGCACCCUCACGGGGCGCAGCAAAGCGUGCGCGGACGCCGUGCAGCCGGUGCAGGCGUACGCGGACGCCGAGCUGGCGCUCAAGCUGGCGCCCGGCUUCAUCCUCGCGCGCAACAUGCAGGCGCGCGCGCUCUACACCAUGUCCGACUUCGAGCGCUCGCUCGUCAUGAACUAUCGAGGGUACAGGCAACGUCGACAGCCUCCAUAUUUCCUCGAAGGAAUUAAUCAAGGGAAAGAAACUAUAGAAGAUUGUGUUGGACGAAAUGCCGGCAAUGUCAUGUUAGAUUUUUUGCCUUUAAUAAAAAAGAACGAAGCGAAGAAAGUGGACGAAGACGCCGCACAACCAAAAUCACUACAUAAAUGCCGUAUACCCCGACCCAUAAAAAAGAAGAAAUUAACCCAAAUGCAAGCAAGAAAACAUUUAACAUUAGCACGUGUACUCGCAAUGAAAUAUUUGGGGCCUAUGGCAUAUGAUAAGUUUUUUUUACAAGAGCUUACUGAGGAUCCUCGUGUACAAUCUGCGAAUGCCGCAGGCAGUCGUGAACUUAAAGGAAUUAUCCAUGAAGCUCUCCGGUCUCUAACCGAGCGACAAGAUAUGAUGCGGUCGCAGAGACCUUACUAUACCAUUAAAUUAGCGGAAAAAGCUGAAUCGAAGUACCAGAACAAGUACAAGGAGGAAGUAUUAGUAAAAUGUAGAGAAAUUGGCGCAAGAACUGCCGAGCGCAUGUUAAAACAAUUAGAAAAGAGUAUGCGCGACAAACGUGUCAUGGACUUGAUCUCACAAGCGGAGAAAAUGCAGCGGUUUCUCGACAAUAAUACACCACGUACAUUGCCAGACAAGGAUCUGUAUCUUGAUCGCUUGUAUAGAGCAGUUGGCGAAGGGUACCUUUCUCAACAUCGCCUAUCAUACACUCUCAGCGAGCGCGGUAAUCGCCGACGUAUCGCUUUCCUCAUGGGUCUUCCUACCGGUCGACCCACUUCAUUCGAUUCUGUUAUGGCAAACUAUCCGUACAAAUUCAUCGAUAUUGAACAUGCCACUGCCAAAGUUAUGGCAACUUUAGAAAUGUGUGAAAAUGCUACUCAGAAGUGUUGGCUGCAGUAUGAAUUAGCUCGUCUACUUAGUACACAAAAGAAUUAUACACUAGCUAAAUUUUAUGCUAAACGAUGUCAAAAAGAUGCCCAAGAAUUGGCGAGCCCCGUAUGGUGGCUCAACGGUUGCUUCGUACUAAUGAGUGGUGAUAUGCAACAGGGCAACUCGAAUGAUGUCAGGAUUGAAAUUGAAGAAGCACAUGAAUGGACAAAGAAAUUACAAGAUGCAGAGCAGGUCCAAGCGUUCCUGGCUAAAUGCCUUCAGAUGGUGACGGAAACUGUGACAGUCGACGAGCGCAAGGCAAUAGUGCAGCGCGAGCGGCAGAUCGUGCGUAAUCUCGACGACGAGACGCGAGUGGAAACGGAGGUGCUGUUCAAACGCAUGUCAACGGUGCCGACAGGGCGACGGUUCUCGGUGUUGCCGUGCAAGCAGGAGGGCGCCAAGAAUGAUUCGGAGCGACGUCUCCGCAAGCAACGAGGCCUCACCGUCGUGUCAGGUCCCGAAAAAGCGUUGCCAAGACCACCGAGGACCAUAGUCCCCGGUUUGCAACGAUUCGACAUUUAGUAUAAUACUCGUACUUACAAUAAAUAUAUCAAAUUAUUUGUCCCUAUACUUAGAGUAUUUUUGAAUUGUAAUCAAAUUUU